AUGGCCCUGGCCCCUCAGGCUCUUGUGCUGACCCUUGUGUCAGCCCUUUUUGCGGGGUCGGGCUCACUAAUAAUUGUAGAGGACGGCUUGACGUUUGCGGAGACUGUGAAGGAGCUUAGAGACGCGCUCUACACUCCCCAAGUCAGCACUGUCGCCAUCAGGAGGAACAUAACAAUCAGCACGUACGAGUGGGGAUGGGCGAUUCCAAACAUACAGCGCGAGGUUACGGUAACGACGGCAGACGACGCUCCUUGGCCCACGGUCAUCAACACGAAGUCGGAAAGAGAGCUGGGCUUCGUCCUCCCCGGUGGGCACCUCAUCAUCCGGGGCGUCAUUUUCGAUGAGAUGCAACCUCAAGCCAACAAGUUCGGACAGUCUACAGCAUUCCCUCUCUUCACGUCCUUCCCCGGGGGCAACAUCUCGUUCUUUAACUGCAGCCUGCUGCAGUCAAAUUACGUCUGCUUCAGACUGGGACUGGAGAACUACAUGACCAACAGGCGGCCCUCCCAAGAGGCCCUGGACAGGAACGACGGGCUGAUUUCAAACGAAACCGUGGGGCCCAACGACACGUAUGUUGUCCUGCACGAAAGCGCCGGGCCCAAGGAGUUUUUGCUGUACGACGAUCCUGCGGCCCAGAACGAGGGGUGGAUCUACUUCUACGACACGUACUUCAUAUGCAACAUUUGGGGCCUGACUUCUGUAAAAUAUGUUAGGGCGAUUGAGACGCAAACGAUCACCGAGAAGCAUUUCAAGGUCGACACUUUGCAUGAGCUUCUGAACAUCCUGACGAGGGGAGAUCCAACCGGAAGCUCUGCAAAUUUGGUGGUCGCCCAAAGAGAUAAGGAGUUCAUGAUGCAGACCACGGCGGUGACGGUUGAAGUUGGGAAGAACAUCAGCAUCACGAAGGAAAACUGGUCGAAAGACAUCGGAAUAUUUUUCUCGUUCAUACAGUUGAACGGCGGCGCCAGGGAAGACGUCCAUCAGGGGUUGGGCGCGGAAAAUCGCACCGCCCUGGUGUUUGCAGAGUCAACGGCUGGAAAAAUGGGAAUAGAAAUCAAAAGGGAUGCAAGGAUGGAAUUGCGCGGCAUGGAUCUGCAGCUCCCCCUCUUCGUACCGCGAAACCCUCUGCAGAGCCCAGUUCACAAAACCAGCGUUUCUGUUAUGGCGGAUGGCUUUGAGCACUACCAUUUUCGG